GAUCUAUCUUAUUUUAUGAAAUGUUACAAGGAACAAAUCAAGAAAUUGCCCCAGUAAUUAUUUUGUACAGUCUAAGCCAUGCAAAGGUCUCUGACGACAAACUUUGAACAUUAUAUUUAGCCGAAAGGAAAUCGGUGGAAGCAGAGAAUUAAAACAUACAUUUCUUGGCCAAUAAUGCAAGGCCAUCGACUUUAUUAAGUUUCUGAUAUUUUUUUCUGUUACAAAAACAAUUCUUUCAGUUUACUCUCUCCUGAAAUAAUUGAUUUUAAACGCAGAGAAUUUCGGAAAGUUGUUCCCUGAUUUGUACAAGUCUAUCAAUGGAUAAUAAAACUUUCAUGAUUGCUCUUCUGGUUUUUAUGGGUUUUUUUUAAAAUGCAGAUUUUUUUCAAAACUUUUAUUCUUUUUUUUUAUUUCUAUAAAUGGCUAUGGCUUCUUUGACCUUUUUUACGCUUCUAUUGUUUAGAGUAGUUUAUUUAUUCCCCGCAGAGUUGGCAAGCUUGUUUACUCACGUAGAAGUUACUCUCUGGGCAAAUCGAUUGUAUGUAUGGUUCCAGUCUGUCGGUGAGAAACCGACUUAAGAUGGGUCCUUCAGAAACAUUGCUGAAGGUUUUAAUAACGACUGUUCUGCUCCGGCUCUGUGCAGUUUUGCAUAUUGUGGAUAUUCGAAGCUCUAGAUACGAAAAUUAGAGUCAUAAAGGGCGUGCUCUUUGGGAUUCACUGAAACCGGCUGGUCUGCAUCUACGAACCUGGGCAGUUGGAACUUCAGACAAACUUCACCGAAGAUCAGAAAUGGGAACGAGAUGGAACAAUUCCUUUACCGAGGAAGGAAUGAUAGUCUCAAACUCAUCAACAUCUAAAGGUCUUCAUAGUGCUGUGGCAACACAAGCCUCUAACCUAAUGUCCUCUGAACUGAGAAUAAUAACUCUAACACUUUAUGUGGUUAUAUUUCUGGUGAGUGCAGUGGGAAAUUCUUUGGUCUGCGUAGUGAUUUUACGACGGCAAAAGAUGAAAACUGUGACGAACUAUUUCAUAUUAAACCUGGCGAUUGCAGACCUGACUUUCACUUGCAUUUGUAUUCCUUUUGACAUUCCUGUACAAGAAAUGAACUACCGAUGGCCGUACGGAGCAUUUCUUUGCAGACUGUUGUAUCCCCUUCAAACACUCACGCUGUUUGCGUCUGUCUACACACUGACAGCCGUCAGUUUGUCGCGGUUCUGGGCAAUAAACCACCCUCUCCGUCAACAACUUUCGACCAGAAGUGCGAAAUUUAUCAUUGUUGGAAUAUGGAUCGCUUCCCUCGUAGCCGUCACGCCAUACAUCAGUGUUUCUAAGAAAAACAGUGUGUCUCGCAAAUGUGACGAGGAAUGGCCGAGCGAAAGCGCUCGAAAAUCGUACACGGUUUUUCUGUUUGUGUUUGAAUAUAUGUUUCCGCUGACAGUAAUUGCAGGUGCGUACAUGAGCAUUGGCCGAGAGCUUUCCCGACGCGCUAGGAAUGGUAACCAUUUCUUGAAAGACCUCCAAUCCGAGGAGGCGAGGAAAGUUGUGCGCAUGCUCAAGAUAGUGACUCUUAUGUUUGCGGUAUGUGUUUUGCCAAAUAACAUAUUAUGGUUGUGGUUGGACUUUGGCAAGGCAGAUGAAAAAUAUGACAGAUUUUGGGAUUUAGUGGCGCUCGGCCAUAUAAUAACGUUUGCAAACAGCGCGGCUAACCCAAUUUGCUACACGAUUCUGAAUGAAAGCUACCGCAAUGAGUUCAAGGACCAUCUCAUGAAGAUGUUUUACAAGAUCAUAGGACAGCCAUCUGGAGGUCGAAGGGAUCUUCUGCGAGUGGGUAAUAACGGUGAAAGCCAACGAAAGUUACGAUCUGCUACAAUGAGUUCCGCUUUUUAACAAGAAUUGACUUUGUAUAGACUGCCGCAACUACGGAACGGUUCGUGUAUCGUAAUUUCAUGAUUGAAUAAAAGCUUUGUUUAUAAUCUUUUUCAAUAUUCUUCAUCCUCAUCAAGAUUUGCUCCUACUGGGAUUAUUAUUUUCCCUUUCUCAUUUUGUAACCGAGCAAACGAAUACUUCAUAUGAAAGUUAGUUUCAGAACUAUUUCCUUCAAGUCCAUAAUGGAAAUGAGUAAUAUGCAUGUUACUCAGUAAUACGUAGUUACCCUACAAUUUGAUUGGUUAGAAACAGGAACUAUUAUCUACUAGCUCUUUCUCCAGUAUAUGUUAAUUGUAAAUUUGAAGAAUAAAAAUAAGCUGUCUAAUUAGCAUGAGUAGUUUUUUACCUACUUCCGUCAACGACGAAGUGAUUUCGUUGAUUUCCUCUUUUAAUUUGCACGAGACCUCCCACUUCAUUUCCCCAAACGACGCAAGUAGACUAAGUUACCUAAAUCCAAACGGGGAGUCAACAUUUGUUUUAUCUCCCGUUAGUCGUAAAAAAAAGUUAUCAGUAAAAAAUAAAUUCUGGCGACAACCAUUGGAAAGAUAUUAGCCUUAUGAUGGCCAAAACUUUAACCGUUCACCAUAAAAGCCA